AUGGGCCCGACGAAUGCCGAAUCCCGCUACACGGGUCGCCAUCCUACUGAAUAUCGGAUGCCGUCUUCGUCAGUAAUCGGUCAUGCGGAGUCAGUUCUUAGUAACGCUUCCGUGCCGGGCAAGAAGAGAGUAUCUUCGUGGCCGGCUCUCCACCGCCACAUUCUCACUGCGGAUGGUGUCGAGAGUCUCUUUCACCUUCCCAAGGUGUUCGCUCACGGUCUUUCCAAUUUCAUCUUGAAGGGAUAUCAGCAGCUGCCCACCAGCAUCAGGAUCAUGCAUGAGGAGAUCUCACGGACACUGGACGAGUGCAUCGGUGCCCCAAAAGGUGCCAAUCACCGACAUCAUCUCACAUGCGUCGUUAGGGUGGACAACACUGUGUUUUACGGCAAGGAGCUUGGACACAACGACGUCUACAACGAGAACGCAAUCAACUGGACGCGGGAUGUCGUGGUGGCCGCGGCGCUCUUUGUGCGCAACUAUUCUAACUGGCUGAAGGGCCUCUACGUGACACUCUUCACAAACAUCAACCAAAGACGCAAGAUCGCCGACGACAUCCUGAUCCCCAUCGUGCAGAAGUGCACGGACCAGACCGCGCGAGGUGAAAAGGUCCCCGACGACCUGCUGCAGGGGUUCAUCGAGAACGCGAACCCGGACGAGUUCGACGGGUUCCGGUUCUCGCGCCCCAACGCGACCAAGAAGACCAAGAUGGUGAAUACCUCGACUGAGCAGUUUCUGUUUGGACAUGGUCGGCAUGCUUGUCCCGGCAGCUUCUUCGCCGUCGACGCUAUGAAGCUCAUCACUAAGAUGCUGAUCGAGCGGUACGACAUUAAGCUAAUCACCGGUACCAAGCCCUUCCGCGCUGUGGUGGGCAUGAACGUUGUGCCCGAGUCGAGUCUCAAAAUCCUAGUUAAGAGCGUGCCCAAGACCGCUGCCUAA